GAAGCGCGCCAAUGUCUCGCCUCUAAUUGCUUUUGAGCUGCAAACGUCCCUUCACACAACAUUCCACCGCUUACUUUCCUCUCAUUUCGCCUCUUCUCUCUCUCUCUCUCUCUCAUUACAGAACAAAGAAACAUUCAUCAAACCAACAACAAAGUAAAAACAAUUUCAUUGCAGGAUCAAAUCAAACAACCCCAUUUUUACAGUAAAUCAAUGGGUCAUCCUUUUUGAGUUUCGAAGUGUGGGUUUUUUUUUUUUCUAUUUGAUCCAAAAAUAAGGAACUGGUGUUUUCUUUUUUCUUUUUUGAGGAAAAGAUAUUUGCUUUUGAUGACGAGUUGUUUUGGGACUUGGUGAAUGCUGGGAAAGGAAUAUAUUUCCUUUUGAUUGUUAAUGAGAGGCCAAAGCAGAAAGCAUAUGCAUCUAUGAAGACAAGGGCAAGGGAGUCGCCGUUUCACCACCUGAUGCUAGAGCGUCUUUUUCUUUGGCGGUUUCCUUUCAGUUUUUUUAAAUGGAAUGGCAGAUCCUGUUAGUUAUGGCAAUUCUGAACGUGACAUUGAGCAAGCACUUAUUACUUUGAAAAAGGGCACUCAGCUUAUCAAGUACAGCCGUAAAGGAAAACCCAAGUUUCGUGCAUUUAGACUUUCUCCUGAUGAAACAACACUGAUAUGGUUAUCACAUGGAGAAGAGAGGAAUCUGAAAUUAUCUUCUGUUUCUCGUAUCAUUCCUGGACAACGAACUGCUGUUUUUAGAAGAUAUUUGCGCCCAGAAAAGGAGUACUUAUCUUUUUCACUUCUAUACAAUAACGGCGAAAGAUCUCUCGACCUGAUCUGCAAGGACAAAGUUGAGGCAGAAGUGUGGUUUGCAGGGCUCAAGGCAUUGAUUGGACAGAAUCGUAAUAGACGAACUAAGAGUGAUUUCAGUGAUCUACAAGGAGAUUUCUUUCUAAAUGGCCGCCCAUUUGGUGCAGCUCUAGAGUUCAACAAUAGUGUUGCCCAUGGUAGGGUGUCUAUAGAUUUUGGAAGCUCAGAUGUGGGGUCAGAACGCGCAAGUAUGCAGUUGAGAACUAGUGCUGGAGAUGGUUUUCGAAUUAGUGUUUCAAGCACUCCUAGCUGUUCAAGUGGCGGAUCUGGUCCAGAUGACAUAGAGUCAUUAGGUGAUGUUUACGUAUGGGGAGAAGUUUGGUCUGAUGGAGUUACACCAGAUGGGUCCGCAAGUUCAGUCCCCACAAAAAUUGAUGUGCUAACUCCUAAGCCCUUAGAAUCAAAUGUAGUUCUUGAUGUUCAUCAGAUAGCUUGUGGCGCUAGACAUAUUGCUCUUGUAACAAAGCAAGGUGAAGUUUUCACCUGGGGUGAGGAAUCUGGUGGGAGACUCGGUCAUGGAAUUGAAAAAGACUUUAGCCACCCCCGACUCGUUGAGUUCCUGGCAGUCAAUAAUGUGGAUUUUGUUGCAUGUGGAGAGUAUCAUACAUGUGUUGUAUCCACAUCUGGUGAUUUAUUCACUUGGGGUGAUGGUACUCAUAAUGCUGGACUCCUUGGUCAUGGAACUGACGUUAGCCACUGGAUUCCAAAAAGAGUUUCUGGUGCAUUAGAAGGACUACAAGUCUUAUCUAUCGCCUGUGGCACAUGGCAUUCAGCUCUAGCAACCUCUAAUGGGAAGCUAUUUACAUUUGGUGAUGGAAAAUUCGGUGUUUUGGGCCAUGGAGAUCGAGAAAGUCUUACAUAUCCAAAAGAAGUCCAAAUGUUGAAUGGACUAAAGACUAUUAAAGUUGCAUGUGGGUUAUGGCAUACGGCAGCUAUUGUAGAGGUUAUAGGCCAUUCAGGUGUCAACAUUUCAUCAAGAAAGUUGUUUACCUGGGGUGAUGGUGACAAACACCGGCUAGGACAUGGAAGUAAGGAAACUUAUCUACUUCCAACCUGCGUCUCUUCACUAAUUGACUACAAUUUCCACCAGAUAGCUUGCGGACAUACUAUGACUAUUGCACUUACUACAUCAGGUCAUGUCUUUACUAUGGGUGGUACUGCAUAUGGUCAACUAGGCAACCCAAGUGCUGAUGGAAAGUUACCAUGCCUGGUACAAGAAAGACUGGUAGGUGAAUUUGUUGAAGAAAUUUCUUGUGGAGCAUAUCAUGUUGCUGUCCUGACAUCAAGAAGUGAAGUGUUCACUUGGGGAAGAGGUGCCAAUGGAAGACUGGGACAUGGUGACACAGAAGAUAGGAGAACUCCAACAUUGGUUGAAGCAUUGAAGGAUAGGCAUGUCAAAAAUAUAUCAUGUGGUUCAAAUUUCACUUCCAGUAUAUGCAUCCAUAAAUGGGUCUCUGGUGCUGACCAGUCAGUUUGCUCUGGCUGCCGACAGGCCUUUGGUUUCACUAGAAAGAGGCACAAUUGUUAUAAUUGUGGGCUGGUGCACUGCCAUGCUUGCAGUUCCAAGAAAGCAUUGAAAGCAGCAUUGGCUCCAACACCAGGCAAACCUCAUCGCGUUUGUGAUGCUUGCUAUUCAAAACUUAAAGCUGCUGAAGCUGGUAAUACUUCAAGUUUGAAUAGAAAAGUUGCUGGUCCCCGCCCCUCAUUAGAUGGCAGGGAAAGAAUGGAUAGGGGAGAGAUAAGGUCUUCUAGGCUUUUGCUCUCUCCUAACACAGACCCACUCAAAUACCUUGAGAUCAGGUCAGGAAAACCUGGGGCCAGAUAUGAUUCUCCUUCUCUUGUCCAAGCUUCGCAAGCUCCAUCACUUUUACAGCUUAAAGAUAUUGCUUUUCCAAGUUCACUCACUGUUAUUCAAAAUGCUUUUAAACCUGCUACUCCUCCACCAACGCCACCACCUCAGUCCCCCAUCAACUCAAGAUCUAGUUCACCAUACUCAAGGAGACCAAGCCCUCCACGCUCUGUCACAUCUACAUUUUCAAGGAAUUUUAUUGAAAGCCUAAGGAAGUCAAAUGAACUUUUGAAACAAGAAGUGGCAAAAUUGCAAAAUCAAAUGAAAGGAUUGAACCAGAAAUGUGAUUCACAAGACACGGAGAUGCAGAAACUAAGAAAAAAUGCUGAAGAAUCUGCUUCAUAUGCUGCAGCAGAAUCAUUCAAGUGUAAAGAGGCCAAGGAAGUUUUGAAAUCCUUCACAGAUCAGUUGAAGGAAAUAACAGAGACAUUGCCUCCUGAGAUUUUGGAAAGCGAAACCUUUAGAGCUAUGCAUACUCAAGCUGAAGCAUUCUUACACACACAUGGAACAUCUGAAGCUGCCGCUUCUUUUCCAGCAAGCUUGGAGUCUUCAGAUAUGCAAGACCAGAGAGUGGAAGAUAAUGUAGACACUGCUGCUACUGUCCCAUCUUGUAAUAGUGGAAGUUCUAUUACAAGAGAGGCUGCACCUCAACAAAGCUCACAAAUCGAAUCAAGUGCGUCAGAGGCUGCACCUCAACAAAGCUCACAAUUAGAAUCAAGGUCGUCAGAGGCUUCAGCAAUUAGAGGUGGAGGAGAAAAUGAGCUUACCGAGCAAUUUGAACCUGGAGUUUACAUCACCUUCUCUUAUAACCAAAAUGGUGCCAAGCUCUUUGGACGAGUUAGAUUCAGUAAACGGAGGUUUGCUGCACAUCAGGCAGAAGAGUGGUGGCUCAGAAAUAGAGAUAGGGUGCAAUUGAGGUAUAUUAUGCAGGUAACAAGACCAGCUUCAGCCGCAUCAUCCCUUACUCCACCACACCCUCCACAACCACCAUCUCCACCACCUGCUGAUGAAACCAAUGAGGAAGCUUCCCCUCCUGAAACUUAGUGAUCUGGCAAUGUAUAGCAGAAAAAGAUUAUGCAGCUACUAUGACAGCAGCAUUUUGAUCAACAAUCAAGCAUGGGAUGUACUUUGUUUUUAGGAAAGGUUAGGUUUGGAUGUUUUAUCCAGGGAAGUAGGAUACAAAAAUUCUGCAUCACUUUGCCUCAACAAGGCAUAGAAACAACUCCAUGCUCCAGACAUGAUGACUGCAAAGGUGUUUACUUUAGAGGCAGAAAGAAGUACAUAUAACUCUAAGUAUUCAUUCUUCGUUUCUUAUCUGUUACCUUCUAAAAUCUUUCUAGUGAGACAUUGUAGCUGUACAGUAUAUAAAAUUUAUUAUUUGUGACAUUAGCAAAGUCACUUUUUUC